AUGCCAACUCGGCUUCCCGUCCAUGUCGUCGAGCCCGCUGCCACUCAUACCCACACGGCCAUCUUCCUCCAUGGCCGAGGGGACAACGGAUCAGAUUUCGCCGAAGAACUCUUCGCAUCUGGCAUCUCGGACGGGACAGGAGUCGUAGCCAGCGAGACCCAGACGCCAGCUCCGGCUCAGGCUCCCACUACAACUCUACGAACGCGGUUUCCUUUAUGGCGCUGGGUGUUUCCAUCGGCGCCCAACCGCUGGAGUACGGCCUUCCAGUUAGGGGGAGCCGCGCAGAAUGUCGUUCUCGGUGGUAUCAGUCAAGGCGCGGCGGUGGGAUUGUGGGCAUUACUUGGCCUCCUCGCCCCGGGGCAACCUGGAGCUGAGCUAAUUCCCAGGCUGGGGGCCUUUGUGGGAGUAAGUUGCUGGCUUCCAUUUGUUUCUGCCGCGGGAAAAUAUUUGCCUGGAGUCGGAGUCGACGAACCCUCCAAAGAAGGUUCUAUACCCGGGUCGAACGUCGCGGAUAGUACAACUACAGACAGCAUUACGGAUAUUACUAUUACGUACAAUGGCUGCUCUCAGGACUUUGUAAGGUCGAUGCUGAAAGGGGCAAGGAUAUUAUCAUCCAUCGCAUCUCACGGUAUCAGAGACCAUCCUUUCCUAACGACGCCCGUAUUUUUGGGACACGGUACCGAUGACGCCUACGUCGACGUGAGUCUCGGCCGUCAGACGAAGGAGGUCUUGAGCGGUAUGGGGUUUCAGGUGACGUGGAAAGAAUACGUCGGCGCGGAGCAGGAAGGGCAUUGGUACAAGGAACCCGAAGAGCUGGACGACAUUGCACGGUUUCUUUCAGCCAUGGCUACUGCGUAG